CCGCUUGAUGGCCUAGUGCCUUGGCGGUUUAAUUCACUUUUUUCAUAGUAAUUGUGUGUUUUUAUGUGAGUGCUUGGUUAAUUUAUUGUAGUGAAACUUAACAAACAGUAAUUAUUUUUACGAAAAUCCAAACGAAACAAUGAUUAAGAUGACCGCAGUAGACGACAGCCGAGAAGCACAUGGAACUCUCAACACAGGGUUCACACACGAUGAGCCAAGGAGGAAAGUCAGCAUCAGCAUGGAUGCCGUGCAUGCUGAUGAGGAGCGGAAGAGAAAGAUCAGCACCGGCAGCCAUCUUGGUAAAAACCUCGGUCUUCAUAACGGCGACCACAGUCACUUUGUAGAACACAGUAACACAAGUAGCAACACAGGCCAACUUAACUUGGACCACAUACAUCAGCAAUACAAUGCCAGGACUGAAGCUUCCUGGUGGUACCUGUUGUGCGCCAAGUGUCGUCAGAAGGAGACAGGUCCUGGUUGGGAGCCCAGCUUCUGGCAGAUGUUCUGUCCCUACCCCUUCUGCCCCACCUACCGCCACGUGGCCCAGUGCUUCGCCCUCUUCCUUCUGGUCAUGCUGGCCUGGGGCGUCGUCUACUCCGUGAUGGGCUCCGACGCAGCACCUGGAGGUCCUCUGUUUGCCAUGGCCAUGCUCGUCAUCUCUGCCCACUUCGGUGGUUACUUCUUCAGACUUAUCAACUUGCCUGGACUGGCUGGCAUGCUUGCUGUUGGAGUGAUCUACCAGAACAUGGGGUUGGUGGAUAUUCAUGGGCCUUAUCUCAAAGUUUCGUCAGUUCUGAGGAGGAUUGCCCUGGUGCUUAUCUUGACCAAGGCCGGACUUGACCUUGACCCUGGGGCAAUGAAGCGCCUCUUCGGGACCAUCCUGCGGCUAGGUCUGGUCCCUUGGUGUGUGGAAGCGGGUAUAGUCUACCUAGCUUGUCAUUUCAUCCUUGGACUACCAGGCAUGUGGGCAUUGCUGACUGGAGUGGUGGUUGCUGCCGUGUCCCCAGCCGUAGUUGUACCGUGCUUAUUCCGUAUCCGUAGCAAGGGCUACGGUGUAGCUAAGGGAAUCCCUACCGUAGUUAUCGCCGUUUCCGGCAUAGACGACGCUGCGUCCGUAGCCGCCUUUGGCAUACUGCAAGGCCUCAUGUUUUCAGAGCAUUCGGCAAUGUAUAACGUCAUCUUAGGAAUGGCCUCUGUGUUUUGUGGUGUAGGUUUCGGAAUAUUUUGGGGACUGCUUCUAAAAUACAUUCCUGAGAAAGGUGAUCCGUUCGUUGUACCAAUGAGGAUUCUGCUGCUCCUGUGCGGAGGACUUAUCUCCGUGUUUGGAAGUGAAUUGAUAGAACUGGAGGGUGCGGGGCCCCUGGCAGUGGUGGCAGCCUCCUUCAUUGCCUCCUGGAUUUGGUCAACACAAGGCUGGCACAUAGAGGAUAACCCUGUCGUGACUGCGUUUGAUAUUUUCUGGAUGGUGUUUGAGCCAAUUCUUUUCUCAUUGACUGGAACCCAGAUUCGUAUUAGAGAGAUUGAUACUCAUAUAUUUAUAAUAGCCACAGCCACUUUAGCUGCUUCCUGCAUCUUGCGGCAAAUGGCUACAGUUGUAGUAGCGUUCGGGACAAAUUUGAAUUUCAAAGAGAAGAUAUUCGUCGCGUUGUCUUGGAUGGCUAAAGCUUCAGUGCAGGCUGCUUUAGCCCCAGUGGCGCUAAGUAUGGUUGUGGAGAUGGGCAAGAAGCCUGGUUCCGAGGAGUAUGAGAGUGCCAAGGUCAUGCUAAUGUUUUGUGUGUUAUCCAUUGCACUGACAGCUCCUCUGGGUGCUAUACUUAUCAUGCUUACAGGCACCAAACUUUUGACAAAGACUGUAGCAGGUCCUCCAGCUGGUUGGCGCCACAGCGCAAGACCUUCUCUUCGUGACAUAACCGUCAUAGACCAAGGAAAUGACGAAGAUGACAUAGAGAGAAGGUCAAUGUCCUCUAGGCACCAUUCGCCUCAUGCGGUUCGACGACCCGUGCCUAACCUAGUAGUUACCCACCAGCCCUAGAGUAGGGCGGAAACGUCUGGCAAUGUACGGAAAGACAUGGUUGACUACGGUUACCUACUAUUUAGUACUCCUAGGAUGUCCUAGCAUUGUUAAGUUGGUUCAUGGGCCUUAAGAAAGAGUACAAAAUUUCAAACUAAAAUUGCUGAAUACUUAAAUAUGUUUAUUAUAAUUAUGGAAAUACUUAGUGAGAAAUGGUGUAAAUAAGGGAAAAUAAAUUUAGUUAACUUGCAAUGCUAUUAACUUUUUUCUAAUUUUAGUAAAAUUUUGGAAUAUAUGUUCAAUUAAAUCAUACUGUUUUUUAAUCGUUUUUUUCUAUGAAUAACUUUAAUAUCUGAUUCUUAUAUUGUUGCUCCAACACCAACCGUGUAUGAGUAAAAAAACAACACUUGUUAAAUUUGUGUUCUGUUGUGUAUUAUUAUUGUUUUGUGUAUAAAACUAUAGUUUGAUUUACACAAUUUUAGAUGAAUUAAGACGAUUUAAUUU